UAUAUAUUUUAGCAAUGAAAUGUUUCAAUAUUAGCUUAUAUUUAAUUAUAUUUCCCAGUGUUGCCUUUUGCCUAAUGCAGCUGGAAAUUUGGAAAUAUGUUAUCUUUUAACACGUUUAAUGGCUUGAAUGUUUUGGUCGAGAAACCAGAAAGAUGUGCCUAUUGAGAGUUACUUCUUGAAAGUAAUGAUCAUCUCCAGUUGGUUCUGUGAAGACAGCAGGGUCAGCAGUGAUCAUCUGAAUCUGAGUCAUCAUUUUUUGAAUAGGAAAUUCACCUUCAGCUCCUGGUUUGCUGCUUUCAGGAACUGUAUUUCUUCCAUGUGCUUUUUUUCUUCCAACUGGCGUUUUUCAUUCUCCCUCUUUUCAAUUGCAUCACAUUUAGCUUUUUGUUCAUUCAGCUGCUUCCUCAGCUCCUUCGCCUCACUUUCCAACUCGACAAUCUGGAGACGGAAAGUCAAAGUUGCAGACGUUUAGACUCGAGAGUCAAGAGGCAUUACAUGUGCAGGAGACUGUCUUUCAAAGAGCAGAAGUGAAAGUAAUUCAACAGCGUUACUCGUUUCUCCACGUUGACUUUGUCUUGCUCGGCCUGCAGCGCUUUCCUGAUGCCGAAAGCAAUGCUGCUUUCGUACAGAGUCUGAUAUGCAGCAAGGGUCAGUUGAAUCUCAUUUCUGACCCUCAGCAGCAGCAGACCUCUCUCCACACAGUUGAUGGUCACCUGUCUGAUCAGCUCAUCUGCAACACAACAUUGGAUCACAUUAUCAUCUUUAACAAACUAAACAAGCCUUUUUCUCUUUUUUACCGAAACACUGUGAGUAGAUUUCUCUGCGGGUCGGGCACAGUCCAGUCUCUCUCGCUUGCUUAUGCUGAAGUUUCAGAUCCAGCUGUUCCUCCAGAUUCAUCACGUCUGAGCGUGUGCACGGUGCUGUGGACACGUACUGCAUCCACAACUGAUUGUCUUCCAUCCAUUCUCUGAAAUAUCAAUCUCAUCUUAACAGCUCGAACCUUCAGCAUUUGAAUGGACUUCAAACAUGUACCUCGGUGGAAGCAUGGCGUUCAGGAUCUCUUCAUUUUGCCUGUAGCUGGACUCCGUCACCCCGGAUUUGGGUUUAGGAGGUGGUGGAACAGGAGAAAAGUCAGACUGCUGGUGCGGGCUCAUUUUUAGGGAACGUCCCUGUGUUCACAAAGAAAACGCAAAAACUAACAGACAGCACAAACUUCACAUUAAACAUAUUUUAUUACAAGUACAGCUGUAACAGGAGAUGGUUAAAGUUGUGUAAUGCUUUUUCCCCCCCAGUAAACUCACCUUUGGUGAUUUGACAUGUGUGUUUUUGGCGAUUAAAAUGGGUGUAUCAUAUUUUAGCAGCGAAUCAGCUGGUGGUAUCAUCGUGCUGCAAAAGUUUAAUCCAGUUUCCAGAAGCUGGUGCGCAGUGUUUAUGUUGCUAUGGGAACGUGGAUCCGGUGUUUCACUGUAAUGUGUCCGUUUCGCCAAAAUGUAGAAUGUUUAAUUUAUAUAUACAUCUCAGCCCAAUAAUCACGUUUGCCAUCGCGUUUAGAGUGAAAUUGUUUAUUUCACAUGAGUAGUGUAAUGAUGUGUUGCCCUGCUGUUCUGAAGAUAGACAUGUAAAACAAAAAACAGUCUGUCUUUUCUGUAUUUUUAUAGUAUUCAAAUUAUUGUAUUUAUUUUAUAUUGUCUUUUUUUAGCAUUAGUUUUAUACUUUUGGGGGGGAAUGUACGGUCGCUGGAGCAGCGGAACCAAACACACACACAAUGUGUCCUCACGGGAUUAUUUUUCCGGUCACCACCGGAAGUCGUCCAUGAUCGCAUAACGUCUGAUGUGAUGGUCUCAUGCGCUUUUGUUCGAGUUGUUUUGAGAAUCUGCGUUUGAUUUACAUCGUUCGUAUCAACGUCGCUCUCUGAAACAAAAGGCAGGAUGGCCAAAGAAAAGAAGCACCGAAGACGUGACUCGCCGGAAAUGAGAGUAAAGGUUAAGGAAGAGAGGCUGAGUCCAGUUAGGCCGAAGAGUUCACGACGCUCAGCGAGUCCUCCGAGAAGAAGAGCGAACCGUUCACCUCAGAGGGCAAGAGAUCGCUCACCAGCUCGAAGAGCAGCGUCUCCGGCCAGGCGCGGCAGCCGUUCACCAAGAAGUAGAAGUCCUCACCGUGGAGCUGAAGUCAGGAUAAAGCGGGAACGGGAGGAGCAUCGAGAUGAUCGCAGAAGAAGAAACGAGCAGCCGGAGGAGAGACGGAGCCGGUGGGAGUCAGACCGACCUCAGGAGAGGGAUCGCAGCCGAGAGAGACACAGAGAGCGCCGCGCACUGGCCUCGCAGCAAGAAGAGCGGCAGCAGCACGACGAACGCCGGCGGGAGAACCGACAGAGGCGAGAGGCGGACGGAGAGCAGGACUUUGGAAAGCCUGAAGGCCAGAGCAACAGCCCUAAUGCUGCCCCCGCCGAGAAAGAGAAGCCAAACUUUGGACUUUCAGGCGCUCUCACAGAAGACACCAACACAUUCCGGGGGGUGGUGAUCAAAUACAACGAACCACCUGAGGCUCGUAUUCCGAAAAGAAGAUGGCGCCUGUACCCCUUCAAGAACGACGAGCAACUGCCUGUCAUGUACAUCCACAGACAGAGCGCCUAUUUGAUGGGACGGCAGAGGAAAAUCGCCGACAUCCCCAUUGAUCACCCGUCUUGCUCCAAGCAACACGCCGUGUUUCAGUACAGGCUGGUGGAGUUCACCCGGUCAGACGGCACCCCCGGCCGCAGGGUGAAACCCUACAUCAUCGACUUGGGCUCAGGCAACGGCACCUUCCUCAACAACAACCGCAUUGAGCCCCAGCGCUACUACGAGCUCAAAGAGAAAGACGUGCUGAAGUUUGGCUUCAGCAGCCGCGAGUACGUCCUCCUGCACGAGUUCUCCGACACCAGCGAGGUGGACGCCAAGCUGGAGGAGGAUGACGAGGGACUGGACGAGUAGUUUGACCUGUCUGGAUAUAUGGUUGACUUUACUUCGUAGGUGAAGUGGAGGUUAUGAUUUGUGCUCUCUGUAUUUAGCUGAUUAUUGCUGAACCCUGCCACAACCCUCUCAAAGACUUUGAAACUCAGGUUGUUUGUACAUUGUCAUGUUAUUACACAGUAUAUUUUUAGAUCAAGCAAACGAUUAGAACCAAACAUGCAGCUGAACUUUUCGUCAUUGGCCUCAAUGAAUGUAAUCUCAGUUCCUCCUGUCAUGCAUACACAACUCUCUUCUAUUCUGUUACGGAGGAGGAGAACAAAGUCAGUGAGUGCUUUUUGUAUAUACACCCGCUGUUUUGUUUUGUCCACACAACGUUGAUGUUUGAUUUUCAUAUUUGUAAAUAAACAAGUCAGAAUGGUUUCCAUUCA